CGAAAUCCUUCAGUUCCCUCCGAAUCCUUCUCUCUCUCUACACUCUCUGCACUCCAAUUCUCAAUCUUUGAUCCUCAAGACUCCAAUUUGAUCUAUUUUCCAUCAAGAAUCAAGAAAAAAGAUUUUUUUUUUUUUUUUUGAUUCAAUGAGGGAUCCGGAGAUGUGUAAACCUUGCAAGGUUUGUAUGAACUACCCCACAUUUAGGGAAGGGCCAAUAUGCGAGGUGUGCGGCUUUCCAACCUCCGGAGAGUUUCGCCGGACGCAUGAUGUCUCUAACAUCCCGAAUUCUGGAAAAAACAUGCUCUGUGAGCAUGAUGCUAAAAUUAGAUCACCUCCAUCAAAUUCUUUACUGGCAAAGAGAAAUAUUGACUCUCAGGACAUUAAUGCUGCACCUUCCAAGAAGCCUUGCAAUGUUUAUGGCGACCACCCCAUGUUUAGUCAAGGACCAACGUUCGAGGAGUGCAGUUACUCAACCUCUGCCGACUGGACACAGGACGUCUCUAAGAUCCCCAGUGAACCAUGUGUUCACUCAGCACUUAGGUUAUAUCACUUUCAAACUAUAUCAUCUGGAAUCACCAUGCUCUGUGAGCAUGAUGCUAAAAUUAGGUCACCUCCAUCGAAUUCUUUAUUGGCAAAGAGAAAGAUUGAUUCUCAGGACAUGAAUGGUGCACCUUUUAAGAAGUCAAAUGUUCAGGACACACAAGUCAAACACCUGAAGUGAUUCUAAGCUAUAUUUUCCAAUCAAUGGUUCAACCUCAGCAUCAUCAAAAGCUUGUGCAACACCUGUCAAUGAAAUCAUGAAUUUACUUAUGCCAUGAAAGAGGUGAUUUCACUUAAAUUCUAAUUGGAAGUUUAGAUUCUGCAAAUAUUAUUAUCAUUGACCUUAGCUAAAGUGUGUGUAAGAUUCUUUUCUUUUAUCAUAGAAUAAGUCACUAUCGAUGAUAUAUAUGUGCUACUCAAAAUGUCUAUGAUCUGAAAAACAUGAAAUUUACAUUCUCAGUUGAAUUGUGACAUCGGUAUCAGUUUAUGAUUUCACUUUUCCUUUUUAUGUAUGAACAUUAGGUGGAUUGAAAGUAUGAUAUUUUAUUCCAUCAUAAACAUUGAAAUUUACAUUCAUUGAUGAAUAUAUGACUCUACUCUUAAUAUUUUUCU